AACAGCUAGAUAGAAAUAUUUUCAAGUGUGAGAUUUCUGUUUUCAAUGGGAAGGCCUGAUGUGCACUUGGAUCGACGAGUAGCAGAAAAACAUCCGGCAAUACCAAGAAACAAUGUCAUAUCCACACCAUCUCUGGAUUUGUCCACUCUCUUCGACGAAACCAGUAAAACUAUGCCGAUGGAUCCAAAGACGAUGGCUGCAGUAAGAGCAGGUAAGGAUAAUUACCUGAGAAAUAAUAACAGUUACAUUAGGGUUGCUCCAACCUUUGUGAAUGACCGUGGAAAUACAAUACUCCAUCUUGCUGCUUCAUCGGGUCACGCAAGCAUAGUGCGUUAUAUAAUCACAAAAUGCCCAGGUUUGCUAAUGAAGUCAAAUCUGAUGGGUGAAGUUGCUCUCCAGGUGGCAGCAGGAGCAGGCCAUCUAGAUGUUGUAUGGAAUCUAAUUGAUUUCAUAAAUGAUAUAUCUUGUACUGACCUAGGUGUUGCAAAAAGGAUAUAUUUUGCUAAGAACAAAAACCAAGACACUGCUUUGCAUGUUGCUUUGAAAGGGAAACAUCUGGUGGUGGCUUCCUAUUUGGUCUCAGCAGAGAAAUCUUUGUCUUUUAUUGCGAACAGCGAUGGGCUUUCUCCCUUGUAUCUUGCUGUUGAAGCUGGACAGGCAGAUCUUGUGACAACAAUGUGUCACCAAACAAAUGAGUUAAGUUCAAAGGUUGGAGGAAGAUCCAUAGUACAUGCAGCAUUGAAGGCUAAAAGGAAAGAUAUCCUUGCUGCUAUACUUAGCAAAGAUGCAAGUCUUAUAAACUUGAGAGAUGAAGGAAGGACUUCUCUUUCUUUUGGAGCAUCCAUAGGAUAUUAUCAAGGGUUUUGCUAUCUUUUGGACAAAGAUCCACACAAGGUUUAUGUCAGCGAUGAUGAUGGCUUAUUUCCAAUUCAUAUGGCAGCCAAGUAUGGUCAUGUUCAAAUUCUUGAGGAAAUUCUUAAGCGUUGUCCAGAGGCACUUGAGUUGCUUGACGUAGAUGGUCAAAAUAUUCUUCAUGUUGCGGCUAAGUAUGGGAAACUCGAAGUCAUCAAGUUUAUCCUAAGAUGUUGUAAGGAUAAGAACAAGAAAAGGUUGAUUAAUGAACAAGAUGUGAAUGGAAACACACCGUUGCAUCUAGCCACCACAAACUGGCACCCUAAAGUUGUGAGUAUGUUUACUUGGGACCACAGAGUUGACCUGAAAAAAACAAACUACAAUGGUCUCACAGCUUUAGAUGUUGCUGAGGAGAACAUUGAUUCGAGCUACAUAUUUCAUCAGUUGACUUGGAUGGCUUUGAUCAAUGCUGGUGCACCAAAAAGUUCCAUUCCAAUUACAGAAAAUCUUAGAUCAUUCAAGAAGCCAGAUGGUGGAAAAUACAAAGAUCGAGUCAAUACUCUUCUGUUGGUUGCAACUCUUGUAGCCACCAUGACUUUCACUGCAGGAUUCACAUUACCUGGUGGUUACAACGACUCUUUUCCCCACUUGGGAAUGGCCGUUUUGGCCAAGAGAACCGCUUUUCAAGUCUUUCUUGUAUGCGACACAUUGGCAUUGUACUCUUCUAUCAUUACAAUAGUUGCUCUCAUUUGGGCACAACUCGGUGAUCUUUCUAUCAUACUCAAAGCCUUCAGCAUAGCACUUCCAUUUCUAGGACUUGCUCUUACAUCAAUGUCAAUAGCAUUUAUGGCUGGCACGUAUGCUGCGGUAAGCCAUCUCCCCUUGCUUGGUUAUUUCGUUUUAGGUAUCGGUAUCAUCUUCCUACUGGUUUUUUUGCUGCUCCUUGUUCCUUAUGUGUCUCCAUAUGCUCAUUCCCAACCCCUUCUUCGACACAUUUUCUACUAUCCCUAUUUCCUUAAGCUUUUGGCUGCUGGUGACAACAAAAAUCUUGUUGGUGUGUACACUGCAUCAGAUGAAUGAAGAAACGUUAUAGCUUCUAUUUUUCUAAUAAAAUUGUAACCUUGUAUAUUUUAUUCUGGAUGUUACCGUGUUAACCGAUAAAUACCCAUAAUUCAGGACUUAAGGUUACAGACGCUUCAAAGUUUAAAUCAUAACGG